AUGUCAGAUAAAAGAAACACUCUUAUAUCCAAGAAGAUGUCACGAUUAUUGAGACACCAGGCCGAGGCCGAAGGGCUCACCAUUGAUGCAGCAGGUUAUGUGCCGUUGAAUGAACUGCUUGCACAUCCCCUUCUACGCAGCUUCAAAACAACGGAGGAGGAUGUCAGACGAGUGAUAGCAGCUGAUGCCAAGCAGCGAUACGGUCUCAAGGAAGAUAAUGGCGUGGUGACAGUUUGUGCAUUUCAAGGACAUAGCAUGGCAUCUGUUGGUGAGGUAGGACUCGAAGUUGUGGCUCCAGCAGACUGGCCCUCAAUUCUUAUCCAUGGAACAUAUCGCGAUAAGUUCAAAAUGAUCCAGGAUUCCGGUCUCAGCCGUAUGAAACGAAAUCACAUCCAUUUGGCUUCGGGAAUCCCGCAGUUUCUUCUUGAAAAAUGGCAAGGUGAGGAGAGGCUCGAAGAGGUGGCCUCUGGAUUGAGGAAGAGCUGCAAUUGUCUUAUUAUUCUGGAUAUCGACAAAAUGAAAAUGUUACCUGGGAUUGUGCUAUACAGGAGUGAGAAUGGUGUUUAUUUGACCCCGGGGGUUGACGGAAGAAUCCCAGCUGAAUGUUUUAAGAAGGUGACUGAUCAGAGGGGGAUAUCCCUAUGA